GCUCUUGUGUGUGAUCCGAAACCAAUCGCCUCAGUUGCUUUAUUCUUUGUCGGCCUUCAAUAUAGGCUGGAUGUGGCUUCAAUAUUUAAGGCUGGAUGGUGCUCAGCCAUUUCAUCCUUUAAACCUCCGCAGAAAAAUUGUCUUGUUUCAAUUAGCAACUCUAUUCUUGCUAUGCAUUAAUCUCUUCCUACACAAGAGCAUCUUUCAAAUCUUAAUUCGCCCUUUUCCUCUAGUAAUGCAUGCCUUGUCUUUCAUGUCUGGAAUAUUUGUUGUUCAUUUUUCCGUAGCGCUUUUCUCCAGCCUUAGGUGGAAUUUUCCAAAAAUGGUCAGAAGUAAAAGUAUAGAAUUGUUUUUGUUUAUCUUCUUACUACUCUUUUCUUCUUUUCUCAGUCUUGGCUUCUGGAUUUUGUUUUCUGUCUUCAGCAUUAAAAAUUUAUCAGUCUGCAAUUCUACAAUUUGUUCAGGAAUUAUCAAAGGCUGUUUUUUUUACGUUAACCUGUUGGCUAUCAUCUGUCUCGUCAUUAUUUCUUUCUCGAAAAAAGACUUUGGGUUUGGAAUCAAUUUCUUCGAGCACUUUGAUGACUGAAAUGAAUUCGUGUAAGUUAACUUAGGGCAUGUAAAC